GAUUUAAAGGGGCCGCUGCUUUGGGAAGCAACAAAGAGUCGGGUGGUGCCAGUGUCGGGGUUAAUAGUUUUAUUGCAGGAAAUGUUUCUAAAAUUUCUACUCUAAAUUUUAUGGUCACUUUUUCAUAGUUUGUGCGUCUAUGCUAAAGCCAGAAAAAUCGCUCAGACCGCGCAACAGACGCGCGGCUCGCUCCAGCUGUAACUACCGGAGUAGAGAAGAGAAGUUGCCAGAUGUGAUAUUUUAAUUUAAUCAUCACUGAGUUUGAGACCUGUGUCUGUAAAACGCCGUCCUGUACCUAUCCAUCCCGGCGGAGAAUAGCAAUUGGGGCGUCUCUGCGGUAGAAGAUGUCGGCCAUGUUUUUCCCGCCACGGGAGGAGCGGCUGGACAAGCUCUCCCAGGAGGAGAUCAUCUCAAACACCAGGCUGGUGAUCCAGGGGCUGGAGGCACUGAGGAGCGAGCACAACUCCAUCCUGCACAGCCUGCUGGAGACCAUCAAGUGUCUCAAGAAGGAUGAGGAGGCCAACCAGGUGCACGAGAAGUCCAAUCUGCUGCGCAAGUCUGUGGAGAUGAUCGAGCUCGGCCUGGGGGAGGCACAGGUGAUGAUGGCCCUGUCGGGGCACCUGAACGCGGUGGAGUCGGAGAAGCAGAAGCUGCGGGCGCAGGUGCGGAGGCUGUGCCAGGAGAACCAGUGGCUGCGGGACGAGCUGGCCAACACCCAGCAGAAGCUGCAGAAGAGCGAGCAGAGCGUGGCCCAGCUGGAGGAGGAGAACAAGCACCUGCAGUUCAUGAACCAGCUCAAGAAGUACGACCAGGACCUGCCCCCUCCGGAGGAGAAGGAUGGAGAGCCACCAAAGGACAGUCUGGAUGACCUCUUCCCCAAUGACGAUGAUGAGAACAGCCAAGGAUUUAAGCAGCAGCAGAACAGUGCAGCCUUAGCUGGGGGAGGGUAUGAGAUCCCACCCCGUCUGAGGACCCUCCAUAACUUGGUGAUCCAGUACGCCUCCCAAGGAAGAUACGAAGUGGCCGUGCCGCUCUGCAAACAGGCCCUGGAGGACUUGGAGAAGACCUCCGGCCACGACCACCCAGACGUGGCCACCAUGCUCAACAUCCUGGCUCUAGUGUACAGGGAUCAGAACAAAUACAAAGAGGCUGCCCACCUGCUUAACGAUGCUCUUUCUAUCCGGGAGAAGACCCUGGGCAAAGACCACCCAGCAGUUGCGGCUACGCUAAAUAACCUGGCAGUGCUCUAUGGGAAGAGGGGGAAGUACGUAGAGGCAGAACCGCUGUGCAAGAGAGCCCUGGAAAUCAGAGAGAAGGUGCUGGGCAAGGGCCACCCUGAUGUGGCCAAGCAGCUGAAUAACCUGGCGCUGCUGUGCCAGAACCAGGGCAAAUACGACGAGGUGGAGUACUACUACUGCCAAGCCCUGGCCAUCUACCAGACCCAACUGGGCCCCGAUGACCCCAACGUGGCCAAGACCAAGAACAACCUGGCUUCCUGCUACAUGAAACAGGGGAAGUACAAAGAAGCAGAGAUUUUGUACAAGGAGAUUCUUACCCACGCCCAUGAGAAGGAGUUUGGAUCUGUAGAUGCUGAAAAUAAACCCAUUUGGAUGCAUGCAGAGGAAAGAGAGAUGAGCAAAGACAGACAGAGGGACAGCACACCUUAUGGAGAGUAUGGUGGCUGGUACAAGGCCUGCAAGGUGAACAGCCCCACCGUUAACACCACACUGCGCAACCUUGGCGCUCUGUACCGCCAUCAGGGUAAAAUGGAGGCUGCAGACACCCUAGAGGAGUGCGCCACCAGGUCGCGCAAACCAGGCACGGACCCCACUAACCCGGCGCGGAAGGUGGAGACUCUGAAGGGGAGCGAGGAGGCCCGCAGGCGGGGCAGCAGUGUGAAGUAUGACGGCGGCUCUGAGGGUGGAGAGGAAGGCGUGGAGUGGCAUGGGGAUGGGAGCGGGGCCCUCCAGCGGAGCGGCUCCCUAGGGAAGCUACGGGACGUCCUGCGCCGGAGCAGCGAGAUGCUGGUGAAGAAACUGCAGGGGAACGGGCCCCCAGAGCCCCACAGCACCAACAUGAAACGAGCAGCAUCUCUGAACUACCUGAACAAGACCAGUGAUGACUCCUUUCAGGGUCCUGGAGGCAGGAGGUUGAGAGAAAGUCGUGGCCUGAGCUCCAGUACUGUGGAUCUGUACAGCGGGAACUGAACAAGCCUCAUACAAGCCUGUGCCCCAAGGACCCCAACCCCUCCCAUACCCAUACACCUCAUACACUCCUAAUCCCCUGCCCAACAUACACCCCUGACCACACAAAUUCCCCAAGAGAGCUAGGAAGCUCUUCGCUAAUCGGGACAGAGCUGGAAAUUGCUUCCUUCAGUCUUUCAGCCAAUGAGGACGGAGCUAGAAGAUGCUUCCUCCUCUCUCUCAGCCAAUCAUUGCAGAGCUGGGGUAACAUUGUUCUUUCUCAAUUGUGUUCUCGGAUGACCAAAACAUAUUCACAGGGUGUGUGAUGUCACUGUGAUGUCACGCACAGCAUUGAAUUCCCAUUGCUGAAUAGAAGACUGGAAUCCAUGGUAACCAUGGAACCCUUCCGUUUACACACACACACACACACACACACACAGUUUUCAUGCAACUGGAAUGAUAAGAUUGAAUGUAGAAAUGGACACUGCCUGCUAUGUUUUAAUUUUAAUUUUGUACAAUCCUGGUAUGUUUUUUGCAUUCCAAUUUUAUGGUUAAUGAAUUAUGAACACAAAUCUGGGGGGGAGCGAUCAAAAAAAAUGUUUUAUUGUAAUACUGAGUGGUACAGAUGAAUGUAAAUUGUCUCUCCAAAUGUGCUACAGAUGCAUGAAGCGUAGGAGAUUCCUGAUGCCCUUUACAUUACAUUAGUCAUUUACUGUAGCUUAUUUACUGAUGCUUUUAUCCAAAGUGACUUACAGUUGAUUAGACUAAGUAGGGGCCAAUCCCCCUUGGAGCAAUGUGGGGUUAAGGGCCUUGCUCAAGGGCCCAACAGCUGCACAGAUCUUCUCGUGAGACCUUCCAGGUCUCAGUCAAGCACCUUAGCCACCAGGCUAUAGUGAUGAGGAGCUCCUUCCAGCUGAAGAGCUCUUUGGUCCACUGCUGAUUUCCCAGUGUGUUAUGGGUACUCUCUGAUUACCUCAUCUAUGAUUCUGCUUUAAAAAACCUCAAUAAAUGGUGAAUUGCUGUUGA